AUAUUCGCUUCUGAAAAUGCCGAUGGAAGUGCCACGUGUCGCAACGCGAUGCGUUCUGUGACAAUGGGGACAUUGCGUCAAAUUGCCGGUGUUGCAGGAGAAUCCGAAUCGGUGAGCGGAUCCUUUUCUUAUACUGGGCCCGAUGGUGUGCAAUACUCGAUCACGUAUACGGCGGACGAGUACGGCUUUCAUCCUCAAGGCGCUCACUUGCCGACGCCGCCUCCGAUACCGCCGGAAAUU